CCCUGAAAUGAGUCUUCUUGCUUGCCGUAUGAAACGGGGGCGUGGUUUAGAGAGAUUGCGGAAGUGUUUGGUGCAGCACGGGACAACACGUGUAUAGUGAGGAAACUGUGGCGUGUGAUGUGUAAAUACUGAGUCGGAUUGUGCCCGAACCAAAUCGCCGUCAUGUCGUCUGAGAAAGAGCCGAGCGCCGACACGCGUUUCGCUCGCGUCAAGAAGGACCCCCGCUUCUGGGAGAUGCCGGACAUGGAGCAGAAACUGCGCAUCGACAAGCGCUUCCAGUCCAUGUUCCACGACAAGCGCUUCAAGCUCAAGUACACGGUGGACAAACGCGGCCGUCCCGUCAACCACACGUCCACGGAGGACCUGAAACGCUUCUACAAACUGUCCGACUCGGAGCAGAGCGACGGCGAUGCCAACGCAGCACAAGAGACACUCCAGCAGAAGAAGAAGAAAAAGAAGAAGCAGCAGCAGAAAGCAAAAGUGAAGGAGGAGGAGCUUGGAGGGGAGGGGGAGGGGUUUGAAGAGGAAGGGGAGGGGCUUGUGAGUAUGAAAGCUGUAAAGAAAAAGCCCUUAAUAUCUGACGAUUAUCAGAGGAUCCGGAAAUCGGGGCCAGUUAAAGGAGCGAGAGUCGUCGAGGAAGAAGAUGAUGAUGAUGAUGAUGAACACAGCGACGCUGAUAAAGAAGUAGGCCUCUCUUCAGAUGAUGAUGAUGAUGAUGAUGAUGAGGAAGAUGACGAGGAAGAGGAGAGUGAGUCAGAGGACGACAGUGACAGCGGUCCUGAUCUGGCACGAGGAAAAGGCAACAUCGAGACUAGCUCUGAGGAUGAAGAUGAUGAGGAUGCGGCGGAGGACCUGCAGCAUCACGAGGAAGAGGAGAUUGAACACGACUGGGGGGAGAUGUGGAAGGACGCGCCGCGCAACGAGGAGGUCAGUUGCAGGUUAGCAGUGUGCAACAUGAACUGGGAUCGGAUCAAAGCUAAAGACCUGUUGGCUCUGUUCAGCUCCUUCAAACCUAAAGGAGGAGUGGUGCUGUCUGUCACGAUUUACCCCUCAGAGUUUGGUAAGGAGAGGUUAAAGAUGGAGCAGACUCAGGGCCCUCUGGAGCUCACCAGCCUCCCAGACGACCCAGAUGCAGACUCUGAGGAACAGAGGAUCUACAGGGAGAAGGUGCGAGAUUACCAGUUUAAGCGUCUGCAGUAUUACUACGCCGUGGUGGAGUGCGACUCGCCCGAGACGGCCGCCAAAAUCUACGAGGAGUGCGACGGAAUCGAGUACGAGAGCAGCUGCUCCACUCUGGACCUGCGGUUCAUCCCUGAUACCAUGACGUUUGAAGACGAACUGAAAGACAGAGCGACCGACGUGGAUUUGUCCACCUACAAGCCCAAACUGUUCACGUCCACCGCCACUACUACAGCUAAGGUGGAGUUAACUUGGGAGGAGACGGACUACGAUCGCAUCACAACCCUCAGCAAGAACUUCAACAAGGACGAGCUGCUGAACAUGGACUUCCAGGCCUACCUCGCUUCCUCCAGUGAGGAUGAGGAGGAGGAUGAGGUCGAGGCAGAAGAAGUGAAGCCGGCGAUGUGUGGGACUGGGGAGAAGAAAGGAGCGAAGAAAGGAAAGAAGGAGGAAGAGCAGAUCGCUAAAUACCGCGAACUCCUGCAGAACAUCCAGGAUAAAGAAAGGAAGGAGAAGGAGAAGGACAUGGAGAUGGAGAUCACAUGGGUACCAGGGUUAAAGGAGAGCGCUGAGAAACUGGUGAAGAAAAAGAUGGAGGGAAAAGACAAAAUGACCCCUUGGGAGGAGUUCCUGGAGAAGAAAAAGGAGAAGAUUAAAGACAAGAGGAAAGGAAAGAAGGAAGCCAAGGCCCAGGAUGAGGCUGCUAUUAGUGAUGAUGAACUUCCUCCUGAUGUUGACUUCAAUGACCCCUUCUUUUCUGAAGAGCUGGCAGGAUCUACUGGGGCUGCCCAGAAAGCCAAGAAAUUGAAGAAAUCCAAAAAGGGGGAGGAGCAAUUAACAGCAGAGGAGAAGGCGGAGCUAGAGAAACAGAAGGCUGAAAUAGCUCUCUUGAUGGACGACAACGACGACGAGAAGCACAGGCAUUUCAACUACGAUCAGAUUGUGGAGCAGCAAAACUUAAGUAAGAAGAAGAAGAAGCUUGUGAAGAACAAUGAGCUGCUGGAGGAGGACAACUUCAAGGUGGACGUGCAGGACCCACGUUUCCAGGCCAUGUUCACGUCCCACCUGUACAACCUGGACCCUUCGGACCCGGCCUACAAGAAAACCCAGGGUACUCGGAGCAUCCUGGAGGAGAAGCAGAGACGGCGUGAGAAGCAGCAGUGUGGCCAGCAGGAGGCGCUCCAGCAGUUGGAGAAACCUAGCAAGAAAAUAGAGAAAGAGAGGGGAGAAGCAGCAGUAGCAUCAACAACAACAGCAGCUGAUUUGACGCCGGUGGUCCCGAGCAAACCGCUGGACCCGAGUCUGUCUUUACUUAUCAAAUCUGUGAAGAACAAAACUGCGCAGUUUCACGCUCGCAAGAAACAGAGGACGAAAUAGAGCAGGAAUGUUGUAUGGCUGGGUUUUAUUGUUUGUGUGUACAAAUUAACUCCUUUAUACAAUUUCUGAUGUACAGGUUUUCCAAAAUAUCCCAAUAAACAUUAAAAUAUUAUGAGAUCUAAAA